CUCUCCCUUCAUUGAUAGUUUUUGACAACAGGUAGCGCAAUAUUACAUAAGCUACAUGACGUACCGCGGGACAAGAAGAGAAAAUGAUUUGAUCAAAGUUAGACAGGAAAGCUCGUUACUGACGUAAAAUACAACAGGAAAAGAUGGCAGAAGGAAUGAUUGAGGAACUGAAACGUGUAUUAAAGUGUCCUAUUUGUUCUAACGUGUUGGAUGACGCAAGAGUCCUCAAGUGUGGUCAUACGUUCUGUUACCUUUGUAUCAAGCAAGAUUAUGAAAGUCAUCAACUUAAUAAAGGAAACUGUCCCGUAUGCGGUGAAAAUUAUUUUCUUAAAGAACGUGAUACAAGACACCUGUCCAAGGCCUUCAUUGUCAAUAACGUACUAGAUAUAGUGAAAGUACCAACAGUGUGUAAGUGUGCAUUUUGCCAAACUGACGACAGUACACAUAUCUGUCUGAAAUGUAAGCUGAAUGUGUGUCGAUAUUGUUCAAAGAGAUCAAUGUCUUUCUGUACACACCAGACAGUAACUAUGGAGUACCUGAACUCCGACCCAUUUCUACAAGCUAUCAUACAAUGUAGCAAAUCCAAACCCAUGUGUCCUUCACACCGAGAGGAAGAGGUGAAUAAUUUCUGUCAAAAUUGCAAACGCGUGAUAUGCGAGGAAUGUAUCAACGAGGCACAUCGUCAUCACACUGUUCUGGGACUCCAGGAAGCUGUUAAUCAAAUUCGAGGGGGAACAUUCUGCAGCUGUUAGAAAGGAAAACGCAUGAACUGGAAAUGUUUUUAACCAAGUUGGGAACAAUUUCGGCAGACACAAGGACAGACGUUAUAGUAGUCAACCCAACAGAACAGGAACAAAGAUUGUGUGAAUCAAAUCGAGACGAGUGUUCACUUCUCCACCAACAAAUGCGUGAUGUAUUUAUGUAUGGUAGUGGACAAGCGAUACUAGAGUCGUUUUAUGACCGAGCGAAUAGAAUUAACAAGCUCUUGGAUUAUAAGCCAGAACAGGAGCUAUUUUUCAUGACAGGUUCCGAAUCAUUGCAUAAAAGUAAAUAUUCCCAAACCCGAAUACACGAUAAUAGUAAUAUACAACAAAUACAUGGCACACUAUAUAAUUUUUAAAAUUACUCUAAUUCGCUUCACAUUACAUAAUGCAUGUUACUUCAAGUGUUACGCAAUGUACGGAACACAUAAAAACUAUAUCGACUUGAACAUUUUGAUGAUGAUGUGUACAGGAAGUCUACAAGAAACUCUAAAAAGCACACAUAAACAAGUGACAUAUAAUAACCUCCUUCUCGAAUAUGGCAAGCGUUUCUGUCUUCCUGGUGGUAAGCUGUUCUACGAAGUGGACACUACCAUUCUAUGGCAUCGGUUACCAUAAGUCACAGUAUGAUAAUUGGAACGCAUAACAAAGAUUCUGUUUCCGAUCGUGGUGAUCGUGACAGCUGGUAGUGACAUGCUCCUGUAGCCACGUAUGUGUAUAUCAAAAUCUUGAACUGUGACGUGAAACGCACCUGUAUCCAAGACUACAACACUCGUGUGAUGUGGUUCCUCUUUUGAGUACGGGGAACCUGACGUGCUGCAGUGUUCUAGUCCCUUUGUAGGAGGCUAAUCAGUCCAUCAAAUAUACCAAAGUGCAAAGCAUUACCAUAGUCAAAUCGGGAAGUAACAAGCAGAUGUACCAAUGCCUUGUAUGCACCCAAUGUGUCAGAUAUACCAAAGAACAAAACAUUACCAUAGUCUAAUCGAGAAGUAACAAGCAAAUCUAGCAAUGUCCUGUAUGCAUCUGUGGUGAUGAACUGCCGAAUAUAUCCAAUGUUUCGGUAAUAUUUCGGUAAUAAUGAUUUAGCAAUAACAAGAACUUGCGUUAUCCAAUGACCCCUCGGUUUUUCUUUGAUAUUUUGUUGGUGAUAUAUUGCAUACUAUGUGGUAUUUCAAAUAUCACAUAUGUGAUAUCUGAAAUAUCACAUGGCAUUUCUGAUUGGUCCAUGCCUCAGUCUUGAGGCGGGGCCAAUUUCAAAUGUGGGCGUGACAAAUUAACAGAGACAGGAAAUAGAUAUAAAACAAAAUUUAAUGAAAUACAAGUGCCGUUUAGAGAU